AACCCCAGCAGGAACUAUAGCCAAUGGGAGCUGUAGCCAAUGGGAGCCAAGAGGCGGGGCCUGAGGCGGGCCUGCGGUGCUGGUCAGGUGCUCUGCGCUGAGGUGGCUUAAAGGUCAGGGACUGCAGGUUCGUUGGGGGGCGCCCCUUGCCGCCGCCGCCUCCCCCCUAUUGCCCCCGGUCUGCGGGAGGGAGCUCCCUCCAGGCCCUCCCUCCCAUUGCCCCAAGCAGAUGCGGACUGAGCGGAUCGCCGCGAGGAUUAUCUUACACUGAACUGAUCAAGUACUUUGAAAAUGACUUCAAAACUUCUCUGGGUGUCCUUCAUACUUGCUGCAUUGACACUUUCAAUUACAUUUUCUCUCCAACCAGACCAGCCAAAGGUUCUACUAGUUUCAUUUGAUGGAUUACGUUGGGAUUACUUAUACAGAGUUCCAACACCCCAUUUUCAUCAUGUUAUAAAAUAUGGUGUCCACGUGAAGCAAGUUACUAAUAUUUUCAUUACAAAGACCUACCCUAACCAUUAUACUUUGGUAACUGGCCUCUUUGCCGAGAAUCAUGGCAUUGUGGCAAAUGACAUGUUUGAUCCUGUUCUGAACAAAUCUUUCUCCUUGGAUAACAUGAACAUUUAUGAUUCUGAGUUUUGGGAAGAAGCGACGCCAAUAUGGAUCACAAAUCAGAGGGCAGGACAUACGAGUGGUGCAGCCAUGUGGCCCGGAACAGAUGUCAAAAUACAUAAAAGCUUUCCUACUUACUAUAUGCCUUACAAUGAGUCCGUUUCAUUUGAAGAGAGAGUUGCCAAAAUUAUUGAAUGGUUUACAUCGAAAGAGCCCAUCAAUCUUGGUCUUCUCUAUUGGGAAGAACCUGAUGACAUGGGCCACCAUUUGGGACCAGACAGCCCACUCAUGGGGCCUGUCAUUUCAGAUAUUGACCAGAAGUUAGGGUAUCUCAUACGAAUGCUGAAAAAGGCAAAGUUGUGGAACAUUCUGAACCUAAUCAUCACAAGUGAUCACGGAAUGACGCAGUGUUCUGAGGAAAGGAUCAUAGAGCUUGACCAGUAUCUGGAUAAAGACCACUAUACCCUGAUUGACCAAUCGCCGGUGGCAGCCGUCUUGCCCAAAGAAGGCAAAUUUGAUGAGGUCUAUGAAGCACUAGCUCAUGCUCAUCCUAAUCUGACUGUUUACAAAAAAGAAGAGAUUCCAGAAAGAUGGCAUUACAAAUACAACAGUCGAAUUCAGCCAGUUCUCGCAGUGGCUGACGAAGGGUGGUAUAUUUUACGGAAUAAGUCAGAUGACUUUCUGUUAGGCAACCACGGUUAUGAUAAUGCAUUAGCAGAAAUGCAUCCCAUAUUUUUAGCCCACGGUCCUGCCUUCCGAAAGAAUUUCACAAAAGAAGCCAUGAACUCAACAGAUCUGUACCCCCUGCUCUGCCACCUCCUCAAUAUCACUGCAGUGCCACACAACGGAUCACUCAGGAACGUCCAGGAUCUGCUGAGUUCACCAACUCCAAGAGCGAGUCCUUAUACACAGAGCCCUCCUCUCCUCCAUGGUAGUGUCAAACCAAGAGAAAAUGAACAAGAGGAGCCAUACGCUUCUUUCAUAGGGGUCUCUCUCGGUAGCAUUAUAGUUAUUGUGUUUUUAAUAAUUUUCAUUAAACAUUUAACUCGCAGUCAAAUACCUGCCUUACCAGAUUUUCAGGCUGAAAUAUCUCAACCAUUGCUACAAGCCUAAUGCUCCUUUGAUGUGGAGAUUGCAUAGUUAUGUCAGUGUUUAAAGGUUUCAAAUUCUAGGAAACCAGCUUCAAACAUUUGCACAGACCAUUAAGCAGUUACGUACAUGUGCAGAGGCAGUCAUACACACACACACACUCAUGCACAUGGACCAAAAUACACAUACCUGCAAAGGAUGAAGGAUGGGGAAGUAUGUUUCCAUUGUCCUCUCUGGCUUCUGGUAGGUAAGAUCCUGCUUUAUUUGGACUUGGCACAUACAAUGUAUAUAUUUAACAACUUUGCACUAUUUGAAGUACUUUACAUAUUGCACUUUAAAUUACUCUCCUAGUGGGUACGUUUAUGUGAAAUGCACUUUAUUGACAAUUACGUCUGAGAACUCGGUUGAAAAAGCCAACUUUUGCACCCAUGUCCCAGAAUACCUGUUAUUCCUUCUUCAAACGGAAUGAAAUUUCUAAUAAUUCCUGAAUACUGUAGAAAUCUAUCUAUCUUCUUAAAUUGGGAGAACAUGAAGAAAGUGAAAACUGUUGAAAAAUGAAACGUGAUGACCUUGGAACAUUGAAUUUUGGAGAGGUGCAUUCCCAACAGCAGGGUGCACCUGUGGGCACUCCUUGUCAUAUUUCUUUCCAAUGGACAUGGGUUUUCAUUUUAUUUUUCCCCCAAAAAAGAGAUCCAAAUACUGACGAAUUCAUUCCAGGUAUGUUGUUUCCAUCGUGAAAUUCAUUAUUGCUGUUUCCUGAUUAGUCAUUUUACUCUGAUUUUAAUAGUAAGACACCGUGAGACCUCUACUCUGUAGGCUUGAAAAAAAAAAAAAGACACCAUGAAUAUACGUUUCUUUCCUCUCGAGUCUAGCACUGGUCUGAGUAGCACCAUCUCAGCAAUAUUUUCUCUUGCUCUGUAAUUAUUUGCUUCCUUGAAAACUAAAUCACUAUUAAUCGCAUUAAAAAAUCAGAUUAGAUAAAACAAUGUUUUCUUUCUGGUAAUCUGUAGUGACAGAGCACAAGCAUCUUUUCUAUUUCAGCAUUUGAAGGUCCAGAAUUGCAAGAGAGCACAAACUACAUUAGGGAAAAUGUAGGCCACGCAAUCCUUGAAAAGAACCGUGUGGAGCUUGGGGGAAAAAAAAUUAGAAAGAAACUUGGGGAAAAAAAUUAGGCAGGACCAUUGUUGUUUGCAAUGUACCCAGGACAAUGCGAAAGGGUGCCUGGUGGCAAAAAAUAGUGAAACUCCUAGAGGUAACAGGUAAUUGAAACAAGAGGAGCUGAGAUUAUAGCCUUGUUUCCUGAAAUAUCUGAAUAUCCACUCACCAAAUGCUCAGUGGAAUCAAAGAUGAAUCCAGGUUCACAAAUAGACUUUACCUCCUGGGUAGGUUUUUUCACCUGCCUGGUCAUCUCAGCUCCCCAAUCCCACCAUGGAAAGCUGUGCCUUAGAUCUCUUAAGUAGGCUGGUUAGGGAGAGGGUAGCGUUACCUAUGGUUUCUUAGAGGAAAGAGGAAGCCCUGGAAAGAAUAGCUUUCCUUGAAGAAAAUAGAAACCAGUUUAUAGACACGUGGCCCAUAGAAAAUACUGUGAUUUUGUGUAUAUUUAUGCACCAACUCGCUAAAAGUAGGUAAAGUGGUAAAUGUAUUCCAGAAAGGAUAAACUAGAUGUAAAGAACAAAAGUGGCAUAGUGAAAAAUAUAAUUGAAGUGCUUCCUAAAAUCAGGUGAAUGAAUUAUUUUUAAAUGAUGAUACCAGUAAACAAUGUUAGCACUUAAUUCUCAUGUCAUUAAUACAACCUCUAAAUGGGAUAGAAUGGAAUCGCUGGAAAUGUACUAUAGAUUAAAAAGCUGAGAAGUGAGAUGGUAGAUACCAAACUCCUCAAGAGGUCUUAACUCUGGAUUAGACAUUUUACGUGUGACCACUCGUGUUGGCUUGCUUUGUAGUGAUGAACUUAUCUGCGUUAUUGAGAUGCCAAUCUAAUGACUGAAAGAUGAAAUUGGUCUAUUUAAAAGCAUUAUUAUUCAAGUGCUAUCUGUAUAUUUAAACUAAUUGUUGCAUUAAAUUCAUUUUAGAGGGUGCUAUUACCUUAGUAGUAAGAAGAGAGUAGAUUCUGUAACACUGAUGAAAUCAUUAAAAUUCUGAUAUGAAGAUUUGAUUAUUGAAUGGUUUCCUUUACAGAUACUUAUUUUCCUGUAAAGUAUCAGCAGGAGAGUUUACCUGAAGGAAAAUAAAAUUUUAAACUUUGCUGGGGAAAUAUCUAGUCACUCAUCAUUUUUCGAUAGUUUCAUUGUUGUUUUGGUUUUAUCUGCAUGUCUGUGGUCAAACUUUGUAUGCAGUCAACACAAAUUAGCACAUAGAAAUAACAUGUAGACCAGCUAAUCUUCCUAACUGUAAGUAAGAACUUUUAAAAGUUCCGAGCAUGGAAUCCCCCCCGUCACAACACUGACAUGUUUGCUUUACAUCCUCUGUCGGCUAUUUUGAAGUUGAUUAGUUGAUACGAUUUUUCUUGUUCAGCAUGUAUUUUGCAAUUUCUUCUCCCUUUGCCACCUGCUAUUUAAGUUGAAAAUUGCUUUUCAAAAUGCUUUCUGUCCUCUUAAGUAAAAUUAGGAUCGAUUCUAUUAUUAGUUUCAGUUUCUUACAAGAACCUAUUUCUAGAAAAUCUAUAGUUUUCUUUUUUUGAUGCUGUUUUUAUCAGGUUUGAUAUCAAUGUUAUAUUCACCUCAAAAACUCAUGUAUUUUUUUCUACAACACUAGUUUAAUGAAGCAAAUAUAACAGGGAUAAUCAAACCCAACCAAGGGGCACUAAAAAAGAUCAUUGCUUUGGGGGCCUGAAACUUUUUUGUAGAAUAGUUUAUAACUUUCUCAAUCUUUAAUUAAGAAAUUGGUUUUAAUUUUCUUUCUCUAUUGGAAUCAAUUUUAUUCAGCAAAUCUGGCAUCCAAACUUCAGGAAGCACAGGGCCUAGGAAAUGGUUCUGGAUCCAAGGAUCUUAGCCCAGGAGUUAAACCAUGAGUAGACAAAAGUAAUUUGUUAGUAUAAAGUUUUACCACUUUUGAAAUGCUACAGGACUCUCUUCCAAAGUAAAGUGCCUUUUUUUUUUGUUUUCCCACAGUUCCUAGAAGUAUUCAAUGAAUGUCAAAAUAGGAAAUUAAUCACUGCUCUAUUAGAGGAAACUUUGUUGAAUCUAUAUUAGAAAAGACAUUAAAUACUCUGGCUAUGUACAAAACAAAGUUUAAAUACUGUAAUCCCGCCCUCACCCCAAGUGUUUUGUAAUCACCUUUUUUCAAACUUCUUCCUGUCUACUGUGAGUCAAUAAAUUAUAGUUCUAGAAAUUCUGCAAAAUUUAUCUUGGCUUUCCUUCCAGUGAUGUCCUUAUGUUGGAUUGCAUAUUUAUACACUGCUUUAAAAAUUUGGUUAAAUGUUACAAACUUAAUCCUGGUUUUAAAAAAAUUGUAAUGAAUGCCUAGGUGGAUUUUGCAGUAUUACUAAGUCAUGUCAACAUCUAUCACAGGAUGUAUAUUUUGCGAGAAGGUGACAAAUUAAAAAAUCAUCAAUGACAUCACAUUGUAUAUUGAAUAAUUAUGGUUAAAAUGUUUUGGUAGAUUUUAUUCACAUAAAAUUUUUAAAAUCAUAACAAAGUCAUAACUAUGAAUUCAAGCAAUAUGGUCAAAAUAUAUUUAACUUAAGGCACUACACACAAAUUUCUUUAAAGCACACUCAUGUCAUUUAUUUACAUAGUAUUUUAGGAAUUUACAAUAAAUACACAUUUCCCAUCUCAUCUUUGUCCUUCAUUUGUAGCUUUAUAUACUCACAAUGAAGUAAAAACCUCCAAGUAAAAGGUAUUAAAUGCAAUUAUCCUUAAAGCUUACCAGAUAUGGGCAAGAGAACGAAAUACCCAAGAACAAGGCAAAGGUUUUUUUAAUCCUUUAAUGUUCCAAGUAUCUUUCAAUUCUUAUACCAAGCUUAAUGGAACAAUAACACAAAACCAGUGGUACAGAGCAUUGAAAUAAUUUUUAUUCUAUUGCUGUUUACCAGAAAAACUUGCACAUUAAUAAUAGCAGCAGAACUGUCCCUACAUUUACAUAAGUAAAUGUACUUAUUCUGAAUUCACUCACUGAAUUAACAAACUUACUAAAAAGUUUUCCUAUUACCUUUGAGUAUUGUUGUCAUAAACAGUUAAAUCUUUCCUGGAGCCAAAUACUUUCUACCACCCAGAAAACACAGAAGCAUAUUAGUCAAUUAUUUAACAAAAUACACACCAAGUGAAAAAGGCUGGCUUUACUGAAAUAUUUUCUCAGUGUAUUAGAGGAGUCAUUGGCUUUAAGUGAUCAUUUUUAAAGAUACAACUGAAUUAACAUAAAGUUCAAUAUAAUAAUAUAUAAACGUCUCUUUGAUUAAAUAAAUAGUCUUCUUGUCCCAUCAACAUAUACAUAAAACAUUUACAAUUUUAAUCCAAGUUAGUAUUUUGAGAAUGGAAUAAAGAACAAGACAAAUAGGUCUUCUGUUCAAAGGGCUGAGACACUGAUGGGGCAUCCCUUCCUAUUCCAUCCUCCAUAAAAUCCACUCGCAGGUUGGAUGCUAUGGGCCGAUUUCUGAAACUCGUAACUGCCAAUCAAGCCAGUACAACCACUAAAGCUCACACCACUGCAAAGACCAAGCUCUCCUCAAUUAGUAUUUUAGACAUUUCAAAAAAAUGCUCACUGCUUUAACUGUGACUGUUCUCCUGUCCUUUUUUUUUUUUUUUUUUUAAUGGAAAUGGAAGUAGAAAGAAAUUUUUCUAUUAUUUUGUUCAGAUCAACUAUUAACCUUUAGGAUAACUUUUAUGUGAGGCAAAAACAUCAGAAAUAAAAUCUGUCAAAAAAGCAAAAUGAGUCCUGGUGGUUUUAUUUAUUUAUUAUGCUGUUCCUAAUACAGUCACCUACGACUGCAUGCAUCGACUAUUCACGCAGGGUGUGGAAAUGCGUCUCAAGAACCCCAAGUACAACAGGCACCAAAUACCAGGAUCAGGAGAUCAGCAGUGACCACAGGAUGAAUUAUAUGUUUGAUGACUGGCACCACUGUUCUUGACCACCACAGAUAAUCAGCAUUUAAGUGGGCUGCAUAUUUACUGUAGAUUAUCUUUGUAUCUGUAAAACAGUUCCCUAGUUUAUUUUAUAUUGUCAAAACUUUAAAGAUCGCACUAGUAAUAUGAAUUGCUUGCCUCAGCUGCUGAUGAAUGGUUCUUGAACCCAGUUUUUCCUCUAAUAGAUGAAAUCUCGUCUGCCAUAAUUCAGUUUCUUCCUACUAAUUCUGAUUGUUAGAAGGUACCACUUAGCAAAGCUAGGAUAACAGUUAUUCACAACAAAUCCUUCGCUCUGAACAAGUAUGUUUUAAAAAAUAUGAGCAGAGUGGUUAUUUCUGUGAACCAAAUAUGGGAGAAAAAAGCAGAGGAAGCAUUCAGGGUACUGAAGGUUAACAAGAGUCCUGAGAGUUUAUUCAGCCACUUAACAUAUGAUUCAUGUAAAAGAUCAAAAGAUACUAAAUUCCAUUUUAAAUUUAGCUACCCUAUAGCCUAAAAAGUAAGGCAUAAAAUUCCCAAAGGUAAGUAGAAAAAUCUCUUUUCCUCAUCCUGACCCAAUCAAGACCAGAUUUGUAGUCAGGUCAUACAUUUCUCGGCAGCAUCUGGAGACCUCUGGUUACAAAAAACAACAUGAGAAAGUUAAAAAUGGUAACAAAAAUUAAUGAAUUUUUAAAAAUUAUGAUUUUACCUUGUGAGAAGAAAGUACGCGAAAAUGAAGUGCAAUUAUAACCUUUCCUGAGAGCUGGGUUCUAUGCGGAUGUGGAAGCCGGCCCCCAGGCCACUCACCUCCCACCACCUGCUGUAAGUCACACAAAAUCUGUACACCCAUACACGCAACACACUGGCACGUACAUACACACAACUAAAUAACUUACACAAAGGCAUUGAGUACAAAGUGAGAAAACCACUUUUCCCUAUUUUCUUAAUUUCUUCUUAGCAAUACUCUUCAAAAAGGUUUAACUUUUGAGGCUUCAAUAGCUUAAGGGUCUUAACAAAGACACACUGGUGAAGAAGACUUAGGCUUUGUAUCAUGGGGUCUUUGCUUGUUUUUUAUAACAGUUUUUCUUAAAAUAAUUUCUUCAUAUGCUAGAUCUUUUCUGCCUGCUUGAUCCAUUUUAAUUAACCAUCACAGAGAAUUUCCUACCUCAAGGGUUUACUUGGGAUACAAACUCUAUUAAAGGUACAUAUAAAAAUAUAGGAAACUUUUCCUUCCUGAUACACAAAAUCCACACAUUUUAUAAAGAUUUCUGUUGUAUAAUUUACAAAUGUAAAAAUGUAUUCAAAAAGCAUACCCACUAAAUUUUUGCAUAUUUUCAUCUAAAGAUGUGUCUAAUCUUCAUUGCAAAAAAAAAAAAAAAA